AGAAGGUGUACAGAUCUGAUGCAGACCCAGCAGACAGACCCUAUCCAGACUGUAUAGAACAGACCUGCAGACCGAUGGCGGAGAUCCCGGCGGGAAAAGUUGCUAUUCCAGCUUUAGCAGUAACUGCAUACACAGCAAAGAAAUCCAAACACUUUAAGACCUUAGCAGCAAAACAAGAAGCUAAGAAAGCGUUAGACGACAAACGAUCUAAAACACGUGUGAACAUCGGGAGAGUGUUUGAUAAAUGGAGGGAGCUGAGGGAUCAUAUGGGUCUCAGGCUGGACUGCGAGCUGGCAGUUCUUCUCAUGGACAGUUAUGAAAGAAACAAGGAAACGUCUUCACCACACGACAGUUCAUCCUCUGACACAAUGUCAAACCCAGCAGCAUCCAGUUGUUUGGCUGGCUGUCUCUCUGACCUAGAUGAUGACUCCUCUGAUGCUUGUGUUGAUGAGCAGGUUACCAGAGACAAUAAAGACAUGCGGUCACAGCGACUUGAUGCAAGCAGCCCACAGGUAGACGUCACUUUGUGCUCCAGUGACGAGACUGAAUCUGUCUCAUCUUUGGAGGAGGAGGGCAUGGAGGGAAUUGGUUGGGACAACGAAAGCGACAGCGAUUAUGAGCCCCCCUUUUAUGUUCGAAUUGGUGGAACUCUCCGUACCAAAGCUCGCUGUCCUAAAGCUGUCCGUACGAAUAAGAAACUUCCAGCUGUAGGUAUGGAGGACACAUCAGAUUCCUCAGGUGUGCUGGACACUCACACAGUCACGUCUAUGAUGCCUGAAACGCUUCAGGACGUUACCAUAUCUGAGUCCCCUGGACCAUUUCAUUAUCAGGAACACUUACAGCAGUGCUGUGCAGCAGAGCAGGCCUCUGAGCUUCAACUCACUUCAUCAAAGGAAAUGCCCUCGAGCGAGAUGUUCACGGAGGUGAAUCAUGAAGAGCACAGAGCUGUAACACUGGAGCAGGAUCAACAAACAUCUACAGGAGACUCUUCAGAAUGGCUUGAUCCUGAACACACCAGCUCCCACGAGCAACCUCAGGAGAAGUCGUCUGAGGAGCAGAAACAACACCAGUUGCCUCUAAGGCCCAAGAAGACUCUCAACUGUCCGACCUGUGGAAGAGCUUUCCCUUCCAGCGGGGCUCUGCGGCGACACCUCGUGAUCCACUCUGGGAAGAGACCUUACAAGUGCUUCAUAUGUGGGAGAGGAUUCACCCAGGGAGGAAACCUCAAAACACACAUGAAGACUCACAAAGGAGAGCUAUCAAAGUGGGCAUUGAUUCAAGAGAAGAGUCCCCCUAAAGAAUCUCCUCUAACAGUUCAUCUCUGCGGGGAGUGUGGGAUGGAAUUCCCUCAGAAAGAACAACUUGAGGAUCACCGACAGACUCACAUAAAGCCUUACUCAUGUCCUGACUGUGGCAAGACGUUCAAAAACGAGAGUUACAUUAACAUACACAGACGCGUUCACUCAGAUUACUCACCUUUUAUGUGUUCAAAGUGUGGAAAGAGCUGUUCCACUGCAGAGACUCUAAGAAUGCAUGAAAUAACACAUACUAGAGAAAGGAACUACAUCUGUUGUGAGUGUGGGAAGGCCUUUUUACAAGCCUCCCACCUCAGUGUGCACCUCAGGACUCACACUGGAGAGCGGCCACAUCUCUGCCCAGUUUGUGGUAAAAGCUACUCUAGAUCGUUUCCUCUCAAAGUUCACCUGCGAGUUCACACCGGAGAGAAACCCUUUCGGUGCGACAAAUGUGGCAAGUGCUUCUAUUACUCUCAAGGUUACAAAGCUCAUCUGAAGGUUCACGACAAGAAGCCAAAACCUCCGACUAAACCUCUGGGGAGACCCAAACAACAGCCGUUGUUGGACAAAGAUGGGUCAUGUUGAAGCCAUGGCCUCGUUUCCCAUCAUGCUUUGCGCUGGAAUGAAUGUUCAGUUAGUGAGUCCUAUCAUGUUUUAAAUGUGCAAUUUUUACAGAUGGUUUGUGUUGUUGACAUAUGUGUUACAUAAAACAAAAUGCCAAUUAACUGCAAAAUCAAGAUCUUCCAAAGAUCGUCUUUGGAUUUGUCUGAGACUGAGGAGACUGUUUUAUCUCACCUGCAGUGUGUUCCAUUAAAGGUGUGACGUUGUAAAAAGA